AUGGCAUCGUCACUUCCUCCCUUGGGAGGCGGCAAUGGAGGGCCACAUACCCAGCCUUCGUUACCUUCGUUGCCAGCACAUCUCCAGUCCGAUACUCACAUCACCGGGCACUUGGCUAGCCGAUUCCAUGUGUCUCAUCCAACUGCCACUCUGUCUUCCCACGGAUUGGUGUGCUUGAAUACCUAUACAUCAUCGACCAAAGGCCCGGAUGGCGGGAAGCCGGGAAGUGCCAUGGCUGGCGCCGAAAACAUGGCCGAACGUGCUUGGCUUAGGCUUGGUCAUCGAUCCGAAAAUCAAGCCGUAGUCUUUCUCGGUGAAUCUGGUUCAGGAAAGUCAACCAUCCGGAGUCAUUUGCUCACCGCGUUGCUGGACAAAUCCUCCACCCCAUUGUCCAACAAGCUUUCCCUCGCGGCCUACGUCUUCGAUACCUUGACUACGACGAAAACGGCCACCACUCCCACAGCUUCCAAAUCUGGCUUGUUUUAUGAACUUCAGUACGAUACCUCGGCCACAACAAACCCGAUCCUCAUUGGUGGCAAGCUUCUCGAUCAUCGACUGGAGAGGAGCCGUAUCGCCGAUGUCCCAACCGGAGAGCGAAAUUUCCAUGUCCUCUACUACCUCCUAGCCGGUACCAGCCCUGCCGAAAAGUCCCACCUUGGGCUCAACGACGGUGCCGACGGAUCCAGGAGAUGGAAAUACCUCGGCCAUCCCACCCAGCUCAAGGUGGGCAUCAACGAUGCCGAGGGCUUUCAGCUUUUCAAGACGGCGCUAAAGAAGCUUGAGUUUCCCAGAAGUGAUAUCGCCGAGAUCUGUCAAGUUCUUGCCUCCAUCCUACACAUCGGUCAGCUCGAGUUUGAGUUGACAAACAACACAAGCUCUACCGGAGACGACAGCGGAGGGUUCUCGCACGAAGGUGGCCAGACAUGCACAACCGUCAAGAAUAAGGACGUCAUAGGCAUCAUCGCCGCAUUUCUUGGUGUGAGCGUAGGGGAGCUUCAAGCCACCUUGGGGUACAAGACCAAGAUGAUUCAAAAGGAGCGGGUAACUAUCAUGCUUGAUCCCGUCGGAGCACGAGCGCAUGCCAACGAGCUCGCCAGAACUCUUUACUCCCUGCUCGUCGCUUGGAUCCUAGAAACCGUCAACCAGAAAAUCUGUGCGGUCGAGGAGCAAAUCGCCAACACAAUUUCCAUUGUGGAUUUUCCCGGGUUCGCGCAACAGUCGGCAACCCGCUCCACCCUGGAUCAGCUUCUCAACAAUGCUGCGACAGAAGCCAUCUACAACGUCACCCUGCACAACUUCUUCGAUCGGAAAGCCGAAAUGUUGGAGUCGGAGGAAGUCAGUGUGGCGCCCACCAGCUACUUUGACAACUCGGACGCCGUCAAAGGUCUCCUAAAGCCUGGAAAUGGCCUCUUGAGCAUCCUUGAUGAUCAAACUCGCCGAAACAGGACGGACAUGCAGCUGCUGGAAAGCUUGAGAAAGCGCUUCGAGGGCAAGAAUCCGGCCAUCGAGGUCGGCGCCGCUACCGCCAAGCUGCCCGGCAGCAACUUCUUGACCGAGAACACUGCCGCGUCCUUUACUGUAAGGCACUUCGCAGGGGAGGUUGACUACCCUGUCAAAGGCCUCAUUGAGGAGAAUGGCGAGGUUAUAUCAGUCGAUCUCCUCAACAUGUUCAACUCCACCAAGAGCGAGUUUGUGGGCAGGCUGUUUGGGCAAGACGUGCUCCAAACCGUCACCCACCCCAACGAAAGAACGACUGUGAUGCAGGCCACCAUCAGCUCCAAACCGAUGCGGGCCCCGAGCGUCAUGUCUCGAAAAGUCGGGCGAGGACGUGGUUUCGCAUCGUCGCGGCGUCAGCAAGAGUCAAACAUCUUUGGCAUCGGCAGCCAUGCAGGGUCUAGCAGCCCAAAGGGUAACAGCAACGGCAAUAGCGGCAAGGGCGGGAUCGAGCAGGGAGCCUCUGGACAGUUUCUCUCAUCGCUUGAUAAUGUGCAGAAAGCUGUUACAGAUCCUGGGACGAAUGCCUACUUCGUUUUCUGCUUGAAACCGAAUGACCGACGCAUCGCCAACCAGUUUGAUAGCAAGUGUGUGCGCACACAAGUCCAGACGUUUGGCAUUGCCGAGAUCAGUCAGAGGCUACGAUCUGCCGACUUCAGCUUGUUCCUGCCGUUUGGUGAGUUCCUUGGUAUGGCUGAUGCCGAGACUAUGCUGGUGGGCAGCGAACGCGAACGCGCCGAAAUGGUCAUUGAAGAAAAGCGAUGGCCCAGUAAUGAUGUUCAGGUUGGGUCCACGGGUGUCUUCCUGAGCGAGCGGUGCUGGAUGGAGAUUGCUCGCUUGUCAGAAGACUCGGGUGGCCCGUCCCGUUAUCAGCUGCCCACCUCGGACGGCUACGGCCAUGACGGACUCAACGCAGGAGAGCGCGACAUCUUCGGCACCUCCAAGGAGCAACUCUUAUCGGGAGGCAACACUCCGCUCAUGUAUGGCGAGAAGGGGAAACCCGGCUACUUCGGAUCCGACGAUGCCCGAUCCGAGGCUGGUGUUUCCGCCAUAGGUGGAGGGGACAUGUUCAAGAACUUUGACACCCGAGAGCAAAUGGCGGAGAGAGGCAACGAGAAGAACCUCCAGGAGAUUGAGGAGUACCGUGACUCCCCCAGCCGAAAACGCUGGGUUUUUACGGUCUACUUCUUAACCUGGUUUAUUCCCGACAUUUUCAUCCGCUGGAUGGGCCGUAUGCCUCGAAAGGACGUUCGCAUGGCCUGGAGGGAAAAGGUGGCCAUCAACAUGCUGAUCUGGCUCCUGUGUCUGUUUGCGUCCUUCUUCAUAGUGCUGUUUCCCAUGCUCAUUUGCCCGAAGCAGAAAGUAUUCAGCGCUGCUGAACUUGCUUCUCAUGACGGCAAGGGUCAAAAUUCGGCUUACGUAUCCAUCCGUGGCUACGUUCUCGAUAUUGGUACACUCAUAACAGCCCACUACCCCACAGAACCUCUUGUGAGCAGGAAGAGCCUUCUCAACUAUGCUGGCAAGGAUGUCAGCUCCCUUUUCCCUGUCCAAGUGUCGGCCCUGUGCCAGGGGGUGAACGGCUCUGUGAAUCCGGAGGUGACCCUCGACUACAGAAACACAAACUUCACGGGGUCGCCGACCUUGAUCAAUCUUCAGGAUGUCAAUGCUCGUUAUCACGACUUCCGGUACUUCACCAACGACACCCGCAAUGAUUGGUAUCUCGAACAACUAAUCUGGAUGAGGAGUAACUUUGGCGUGGGUACCAUCGGCUACUCUCCAGAGUACGUGGCGACGCUCGCUAGUAAGAAUCAGGUCAUUGCAAUCAUCGGAAACAAGGUGUAUGACUUGACAACCUACAUGAUUGGUGGUCGCAGAUUGCGUGCCAAGGCUGGUCAAACGCCGCCAGACGACCCAAACUUGACCAACUUUAUGGAUCAAAACCUUCUCGAGUUGUUCCGAACUAAAUCAGGACAGGACAUCACCAAGUUCUGGAACACUCUUCCCAUGCCUCACGAUGUCAAGGCUCGGAUGCAGACCUGUCUCGACCAUCUCUUCUUUGUCGGGGACGUGGACACGAGAAGAUCAGCUCGUUGCCAGUUCUCGGAGUAUCUGGUCCUCUCCGUGUCCGUCAUGUUGGCCUCGGUCAUUGCUUUCAAGUUCUUCGCCGCGCUUCAGUUUGGCUCCAAGAAUGUCCCGGAGAACCUGGACAAGUUCGUCAUGUGCCAAAUCCCCGCAUACACUGAAGACGAGGACUCGCUUCGCCGCGCCAUCGACUCGGCUGCCAGGAUGCGCUACGACGACAAGCGCAAGCUCUUGAUCGUCGUCUGCGACGGCAUGAUUAUCGGUCAGGGAAAUGAUCGACCCACCCCGAGAAUCGUCCUCGAUAUAUUGGGCGUGUCCGAGACUGUCGAUCCGGAGCCUCUCAGUUUCGAGUCUCUUGGCGAAGGUUUGAAGCAGCACAACAUGGGCAAAGUGUACUCUGGCCUGUACGAAGUUCAGGGCCACAUCGUCCCCUUCCUGGUCAUCGUCAAGGUUGGCAAGCCUUCCGAGGUCGUGCGCCCCGGUAAUCGCGGCAAGCGGGACUCGCAGAUGAUUUUGAUGCGCUUCUUGAACCGGGUGCACUAUAACCUGGCCAUGAGCCCGCUAGAGCUGGAGAUGUAUCACCAGAUCCGCAACAUCAUUGGCGUCAACCCGACGUUCUACGAGUUUAUGCUGCAGAUCGACGCAGACACCGUGGUGGCACCGGACUCGGCCACUCGCAUGGUGUCGGCCUUCGUGGACGACACGCGGCUGAUUGCCGUGUGCGGAGAGACGGCCUUGACCAACUCCAAAUCAUCCUUCAUCACCAUGAUUCAGGUCUACGAAUACUACAUUUCGCACAAUCUCUCCAAAGCCUUUGAGAGUCUGUUUGGCUCGGUCACCUGCUUGCCUGGUUGCUUCUCCAUGUACCGGAUCCGGGCUGCCGAGACUGGCAAGCCCCUGUUCGUCAGCCGGGAGGUGGUUGAGUCGUACGCCACCAUCCGCGUGGACACGCUGCAUAUGAAGAACCUGCUUCAUCUGGGAGAGGAUCGGUACCUGACGACGCUUCUGCUAAAGUACCACUCAAAGUACAAGACCAAGUACCUCUUCAACGCUCAUGCCUGGACCAUUGCCCCGGAUUCGUGGCAGGUGUUCUUGUCUCAGCGACGACGGUGGAUCAACUCGACGGUGCACAAUCUGAUUGAACUGAUACCCAUGGCUCAGCUUUGCGGUUUCUGCUGCUUCAGCAUGCGCUUCGUCGUCUUCAUCGACCUGCUCAGCACCGUUGUGCAGCCCGUCACCAUUGCCUACAUUGCCUACCUGGUUGUUCUCGUGGCGACUAGAACCACCGUCGUACCCAUCACGGCGUUCAUCCUGCUGGGAGCCAUUUAUGGCCUGCAGGCCAUCAUUUUCAUCCUGCGUCGCAAGUGGGAAAUGGUGGGCUGGAUGAUACUGUACGUUUUGGCCAUUCCCGUCUUCAGCUUCGGUCUGCCCCUCUACGCCUUUUGGCACAUGGACGACUUCAACUGGGGCAACACCCGUGUCGUUGCCGGCGAGAAGGGCAAGAAGGUGGUGAUUUCGGACGAAGGCAAGUUUGACCCGGACUCGAUACCGCGCAAGAAGUGGGAGGAGUACCAGGCCGAGCUCUGGGAGACGCAGACGUCCAGAGACGAUGCCCGUUCCGAAGUUUCCGGCUUCAGCUACGGCACCAAGGCGCAGGCCGUUGUGUCGGAGUAUGCCUUUCCCAGCCGACCCGGCUCGACCACGGGAUUUGCCCACCACAACCCGUAUGGCUCGCGCAACGACUCGCGCAUGUCUCUGGCUCACUCGGAGAUGGGCCACCACCGUGUCAGCCAGUACGGGGGCUCGCAGUUCUUCAACCCCGACGACAUGGUGGGCUUGCCCAGCGACGACGCGCUCCUGGCCGAGAUACGGGAUAUCCUCAAGACGGCGGAUCUGAUGACGGUGACGAAGAAGGGCAUCAAGCAAGAGUUGGAACGCCGGUUCGAUGUGCCGCUGGACGCGAAGAGGGCUUAUAUUAAUACUGCGACCGAGGCUCUCCUCUCGGGCCAACUUUAA